UGACAAUUCCGCCGAACAGUCUUCUGUUUACACCGCAACGUGGAACGUAGUGGCGGAAAUUUUAUGGAUCAAAUAACCGCUAAACGUCUCUUAUAACAUUUAAGGCGCGUUAAAAUGGGUAAGAAGCGCCGCUGCGAGGACUCGACCGAGUCCAACACUCCGGUGAAAAAAGAAAAAGUUCCAGAGUUCAAUGGGACCGCAUUUAAAGCCAUGCUGAAGGAUCCCAGCACAGCCGUGAAGGGACUGGAGACAUUCAUAUCAACCGCAAAGAAGCUGCCAUGUUCUGACCUGUAUGAUGUGGUUGAAGGUUAUAUUAAAAUAUCUAUGGAGUGUGCAGAAAUCUUCAAGUUGCUCGAUAGAGAAAAGCAUCUGGAGAGUGAGAUGAUGCUGGUCUUUGAGAGCCUGGAGAUGAUCCUCCUCAGGACAGCCAGUGACCUCUCCCACUUCAACAUGGUUGGCAAUGCUAUUGUGAAAAAGACUGUUUCUAGCUACAUGAAGCUUCUGCAGGGAUUUUUCCACUCAGAAAAUCACAGGUUUGUCCGUCAGUGCCUCAGUUUCCUGUCCGCCUUGGUGUCUCAGGGUCCAGAUGCUGCCAGAGAGGUCCUGAGUCACAUUCACAUCAGUAAAGCUCUGUCUGGGCUGGCCAAGCGAAAGGAUAAGAAGGGAAGACCUGAUGUCCGCAUGUCUUUUAUCCAGUUCGUGCUGUCCUUUUUGGUGUCUGGAGAUAACACCACCAUUGGACAAAUACUAGAAAUCAAAGAGCUCCUGCCAGAGAUCCUGAGUACGGGUCUGAAGGAGGACAGAAUGUCCAUCGUCAAUCUGAUUCUGUCCACACUGAAGACCAGAGUUGUGCUAAACAAGGCCAUAAGUAAAACACAGAAAGUGCGUUUUUUCACCCCUGCUGUAUUGGCCAACAUUGCGUCUCUGUAUAAGUGGAAUGGGAUUGUAGAUGCAGCCACUGAUGACAGCAGAAUGGUAGAAGACUCAGAGCAUGCUGGGAUGUCUGCCGUCCGGGAACUUGUCCACGGUUUCCUCCUUGAUCUGUGUAGCUCCCGUAAGCAUGGUAUCAGCUUUCAUGAUGCCAGCUUUGGCACAGCUGGCAGAGCUGGCAACAUCGUCUUGCUUCAGUUCUUGGUGGGGCUGAAGCAGGCCACAGAGGAUGAACUGGUGGCAGAGCUGGUGGUGAAUGUGUUGAAAGUUAGCCCUGACAUCCUGGCCAGAUACUUUCAAGAGACUCAGUAUUCAUACACACCCCGCCUCAAAAGUGCUUGGCAGGACAAUAUCAAGUUACUAAAAAAGAUCUAUGAGGCCCAGCCAGAGAUGUCCACAGUCCUCCAAACUUGUGAGGUCAUCCCUCUCCCUCGCCUGCUCUCCAUGAUUAUGGUCACAUCUCUCCCUCCAGUCUGUAACAAGGCCUUCUUCACUCAGGGCCUUAGUCUUGCAAACACGGCAGUGCAGCUCACAACACUGUCCAUGUUAAAUUUCAUCCUAAAAAGAGCCAAUAAGAAUAUGGAGUACCUCUUGGAUAAGUCUGAGUGGCACAGCUCAGAUGUGUACAGUCUUGAUGCGAUGGAGGAAUUGGUGCAGCAGUACAGGGAGACACUAAGCAAGAUUUUGCCUGAUAUGACAAGCAUAGUUGCAAAGUGGCAGUCACUUAGCAAGAAGGAAAAGGCCAACGGUGAGGGAAAAAAGACUAAAAGUGAAGGGAGCGCUGCACAGACGGAUGAUAAAAACCAAAUGCCUGUUGCUGAGACAGCUGAGGUAAUCCUGCUGAAGGCGCUGAUUCUUCAGGUCAUAUGUCUUUACCAGAAAGUGGUGCCCCAUCUGGUGAGCCAGUGCAAAUUUGACUUCAGCAAGCUCUUGAAAGGUAUUGUGUCAGAGAAAGGAAUGAGGGAAGAAGUCCCCCCAGUUCUGCAGUAUCAGAUACUGCAGUUGGCUUUGGAGCUCCCUGCAAGCAAGUUCUCCUGGUUCCGUAUACAGGAUGUUGCAGAUACAGAAUCGUCAUCUGGAGAGAAGUCAGUGCUUUACCUGCUUCUCAAGAUGUUUGUGAGCAGCAGUAGCAGCCACCUGAAAACCUCCACACGGAUGCUGGUUCUAAAAGUGCUGAAGGACAGUGGGGUGUUUGAGUACACCUGGACUGAGCUUGAGCUCUGGCUCGAUCAGCUGGCAAGAGUAGAGCCGAGCCAACAAGAGACUGUCAUCCAGUUCCUGGAGAGGGUGUUGGUGAAACUGGUGUGCAGUUCUUGCACAUACACAGACAGGGUUGCCAGCCUGGUCCAGGAGGCAGCUUAUCUGCAAGCUAACCUGAGUAGCCAGGAGGGCGACACUACCAGUAUCCCAGUUUCACACAUAGAUGAUGUCAUAGACAUGCUGGAUGUCAUUAUGGAGGGUAAUGAAGGUGAAAUGGAGGACUUUGGGCCAUCUCUGAGUGAAGACCUCAUUAUUCAGACCUUCCCCUUCAGUGUGUUGGUACCCGCUGCUCUGGAAGCCCGAAACAAACUGCCAGCAGACAAGGCGGUGGUAUAUGAGUACUUGUCUGCAGUACUUUCCGAUGUGCUGCACUGUCAAAGAGAGCCGCUCCCCCUCUGUCUGGCUCUGCUGCAGUAUGAUAAAGAACUUGUGUCCUCAGAACUCUCUGCUUCUCCUCAUCCCUCCAUCGUACACCUUCAUCAGUAUUACUCCAAAUGGCUUCCACAGCAGUGCCGGGAAGACGUGUUCAAGUCUGCUGAAUGCCAUUCAGUGGAACUGUCAGCAGCCGCUUCAUUCACUGCACUGAUGAAAGGUGCAUACAGCCAAGGACCAAGCGCUUUGCUUGAGGACGCCUUCAGGAAGAAUGUGGAAAUAACUCUAGCAUCCAUGUUGAUGGCAGAGUUUCCAAUAGCAAUCAAGCAGAUCUUACUCUACAUAAACUCAACAGUGGAAAGCCUUGGCACGUUCUCCAAAAACAUAGGAACUGCCCCUCUGAAGACCUUAAUGGGAAUACUCCAGGAUAUGGUGACCAGGCUCCAAGGCUUUCAGGAGACCACAAACUCGGAGCCAGCACCAGAGAACUCCCAAGAAGGAACAGACCUCUUCCUGGAAAUCAACCAGUCGUCCACUGUGGAAGCCAAUAAAGAGAAGCUUCUUCUUUCUGCACUUGGCUCCAUCUUCAAGCAUCCAUGUCUGGAACAGUGGUUUCUGGCUCUGGAGCUGGCUGAUUUGCCUCCUCACACACUGAAUCCUGUCAGACUAAAGCACAUGUGUGCUCAGCUCAGUGAUGAUAUUCUGGCCUUGCUGAAGACCAGCACCCCAACUCUCCUUGAUGCGGGUCACCUGGAGCUUAUUUCUCACUACAUGGGAGCUAUAGAGAAAGCGGUGCUCAAGGAACUGACGGAGAAGGGAUCCCAGGGUGCAAAGAAACAGUCCAGACCUUUCCAGGCCCUCCUGUCUUUGCACAGCUACAUGGAGUCCAGCAGUCUGAGGGAGGUUGUCUCCAAGUUGCUCCUCCUGCCCCAGGAGAGCCUAAUUUCCCCCAGCAGUGAGGGCACCCAGGCUGAGCUUAGUGUCUAUGGUCAUGCAGCAGUGCAGAUCCUCACAGAGGCUAAAGCCUACUCUUCCAAGGACCACAGCGUCUCUCUGUCGCAGGCACACUUCCACGGGCUGGGGGCCCUGCUGCUGUCCUGCUCCAGCACAGCACUGGAAGCCUUUCUGCUGCAGACUCUGUCUAGUGAGCCAGGCAGUGCUAAGCUCAUCCACACAGAUGUGCUGCUGCACUGUCUCAAGUGUCCUCUCCCAAACACUCAGGCCAUUGGCUCUCUGCUGCUGGAGAACUGCUCCACACACCGCCUCCGCUUUGAGAUGUGGUGCCUAGAGCCGGAAAACUCAGAGAAGCUCUCAGACAAGACAGAGACUUUCCUUCCAUUAAUCAACACCUACCUGCAGGUGGCAAGUAGAGAGGAUCCAGCCAGGCCUCCAGACGUGCAAGACGAAGUUUUAAAAACCUUGAAGAAAGCACUGCUUCCCAAAUUAUCCCAGUGUGUUCUGGAAAACCUGACAGAAGAGUCUGGAGCCCAGAUUGUUGAAACACUAGCCGGUCUGAUCAAGCUCUCUGCAGACAUCAAGGACACCAGGGACUUAAUUAAAAAUUUGCCUAAUGCUCUUCAAAAAGUAGACAGCUUUGAAAGAUGGCAACUAAUAGAUGUUAUCACAGAAAAACUGGCUGAUUGCCCAGACGAACAACAGACCUGGAGGAAGUCGGUCACCAGUGCUGCCCUCAAGUGUCUCAUCGCUGCUUACAGUCUCUCUAAAGAUCAGGCUGCUUCCCAGUCAGGGCAGGAGAAGAGCAUCCUUGAAAGACUGCAACAACUUCUGACAUCGGUGGAAGACGUCGCUGCAUCUGAGUGGAACAGUUUUGUCAAGAAUGGACUGAAAUAUCGCUACAGAGAUCACCACUUCCUGAGCACGCUGAGCAACCUGUUGGACGUUAUGUACGGUAGCAGUGAAGUCCAGAAGGAUCUGAUCCCUUUAUCCACCCUUCACAUGAUGACCAGCAGCCAUUCACUGUUUCUGCCCGCUAUGUUGGACUCUAAUGAAGAGCCGAGCAGGUGUCAGGCUAAGGAAGCGCUGGUGUCCCUGCUUCUCUGUUUGGUGAAGAAAUGCCCAACAGUUUGUAACGUCAAUCACUUCGUAGUUCUUUUGGGAGCCUACGGAGCAACGCUGAGUACUUCAGAUCAGAAACUAUUAUUGCUUCUUCAGGAAUAUGAGAGAAACAGUGUUAGUCUGCUGAAAUUUCAAUCCUUCCUGUGGGGCCCAGCAGCUGUGGAGCACCACAAGACCAGGAAAAGCCUGGGAGCUUCGCUGUGGAAGCAAGCGAGCUCAGAUGACCUGCUGGCCCUGCUGAAAACCGACAGGAUGCUCCAAACUAUUGCACAAUUUCCCCAGCAGCGCAGAAUCAUCCUGCAGGAUGGUAAGGAGGCGCUAUACAGCAACAGUGUGGUAAAGGACCUUGGGAAUUUGUAUGAUCCCUGUUUUCUUUUGCCUCUGUUCAGUACCAUGUUGCGACCAGAGUGUGUGAUUGACUGCCUGAAGUUUGUAUCCAGCCAUGCGUUUGGAGUAAGUGUCAUGGCUCUGAGCAGCUACGACCCAAAAGUGAGAGCGGCAGCAUAUCACGUGCUGAGCUGCUUCUACCAGCACCUGGAGGGCGCUCGAAUCAGAGAGAAGAGACAGCUGCUGUACUUGAUGGAUACAGUGAAGAAUGGAAUCCGACAGGCGAAUCACAGACUUCCAUUUGUCCUGACCACUUACAUCUCCAAAGUGGCUCAGCAGAUGCUCAAACCUGAGGACCACAUGUAUGUGGUGCUAAACAGGUUUCUGCUGUCCCAUCAGAGUUUGGACUUCAGAAGAGUCCCUGAGUUCUUCAGGCUAUUCUACGGUUUUGACUUGGAGCAUAAACUGGAACGUGAGUGGAUCUUGAGUGUGCUGGAGGAAGGGAUAAGUGAUGGACCCUGCUAUGAAUUGUGUGACCGUCAAAGCAUCUUUCAGACCCUUCUAGGCUUCAGCAGCAGUCCCCUGUGUGAUGGACACUCUCAGACUCAGAUCAUCAGGGUGUUGUGCCAGGCUGCUCGUGUGACCAAAGCAGCUUAUAACCUUACCAAGAGCUGUGGCCUCCUAACCUGGAUAAUACAGGUAGUGGAAAAAAGGAAUCUAGACCAGCAGCUGCUCUCUGCCAUCAUCGAUCUGCUCCAUGUGCUUUGGUUUACUAACCUGGGACAGAAGGAGACACAGGUUGAUGGAGCCUCCUCCUCUACAGAGAAGGAACCACAGAGCUCAGUGAAAUGUCUCCCACUUCCACUCAUCAGUGAAUUCCUGUGUGUGACAUUGACUAUCAGCAGACACCUCAGGCUGUGUGUGAAGGCCACUCAGCUCAGUCUGUUUGUGCACACUCUUUGCUCCAUACUGAAGCAUCGUGGGACGGCCCUCCGAGUAAACCGACAGGCAGACCGGUUAACCAUCCACCCACAGCCUCUCUCUUGUACCGAAGUUCUCUCUCUGCUUCUCUGCUGGGCCUCUGUGUCCCGCAGCACAGCACUCCUUACCCAAAUACAAGCCUUGGCCGAAAAGCACAAAGUGAAGGAACUGUUUGGGAUGGGGAAGGAUAAGACCCGAGGUAAAGGCUCCUUUUCCAAGGCCCGCACUCGAAAGGAGAACCUGGCAGAGGAUGCCGAGACUGAGAAACAAGAAGAGAGUCUCCUGACAGAGUGUAAAUCUCACCUCGGCAGCAUCUUUGUUCACUGGGAGCCUGUGUUUCCCCUCUCUGAACCCCAGCUGGACCAGGAAAGAGGCAAAGCGGAUCCCAGUCGGUUGGCCGGUGAUACUGCGCACCUGCUCGCCAAGUGGUCCCUGAGGUGCUUGGUGGAGGACUCGUACGAUGAGAACAGAACAAAGGAAUUUUUGCGCUGGGUCAAAAAGGCUGUCAUCAAACACAGGGAAAUUAUGGAUGUCGUGGUACUCGAUCCUGGCUUUAAAGCGGACCUCCUCCGGCUCCACCAUCAGGCCUUUGAAAAUCACUGUCACUCCAGCGUUUUGUCAAGAAUGGAAACCUUCCAGUUGUUUGCCAACAUCAUGAUGCGCUUACUAGAGGCCCGAGGCCACCUUCCAGAGCUGCAUCAGGCAGUCGUCUCUGCCUGCCAGCCAGAAGCCACACACGAUCAGUCUAGACGUGAAGCAGGACUGUUUCUGCUGUCGCUGUACAUCACUGAGUUGUGGAGUGGCGCCACAUCAGCAGAGCUCUUCCUGUCUCAUGUGAGUCUGGUGACCAGAGCCAAGUCUAAGAGACAGAAAGCAUCCAGAUCAUCAGUGACUCAGACAGCCAUCAGAGCCGUCUGUAAUGACAUCGUCAGCAUGAAGAGACAGAAAGGACAUCUGAGCAUCUGAACACCACUGUGUCCUCUGACGUCAUUACAACAGAGUUUGUAGUUUUGCUUUGUUUUGUUCUUGUAAACAACAAACAAAAGAUUUGUGAUGUUUUGUAAAUUCCUUGUUAUUAAAUGUUGAUUUACAAAUCUGUU